GAGAGAGAAAGAGAGACAAAUAAUCGCAAGGUCGUUUAAUAGAAAUGCUGAAUUAUUUUUCUUCUAAUUGCACACGUACGUCAAGUAAAUAAUAUCAAUACACAUAAACAACAAUGCAAAUAAUUAAAAAUAAUAAUCGUCUCAAUAAAAAAACACAUUUUAAAAAUAUUUACAUUAUUAAUAAUAAAUUCGUCAAAGAAUCGAGGUAAACAAUCAUGUCUCUUUAAAAAUACAAAAGUGAUAAAAACCUAAAAAAAAUUAAACAAAAAAAAAAAAAUAAUAACAACAAUAGAUAUUUAUAUUUUCUGUGCAAAAAUAAAAAUUUUCAUUUUAAAAUAUUCAACAAUUAAUAAAGACGUAGUUUAAUUUCCGUGUGUGUUUUUAUUUUCUAAAUUAAAAAUAGUGAUAUAUAAAAAGAUGUCGUCCAACUCAGUGUAUAAAAACUGAAAAAAAAAAAAAAAAAAAAGAAAAGAAAUAUGUCUACUACUCCGUUGUCCGUCCCAUUAGUCAACGUCAGUCUUGCGCAGUCACUCAGUGUUAGUGGUGUGUCUGACUUGAAUAAUCAAAAAUGUGUAAUUUGUAAAAGAGUUGAUAAUUUAUUAAGAUGUUCACGUUGUAAAAAAGUUGUAUAUUGUACCAAAGAACAUCAAAAAUUAGACUGGAAAAAUCAUAAAAAAUAUUGUCGUGAACAAAAGUUAUUAUUAUCAUCCUCAUCAUCAUCAUCAUCUUCCUCAUCAUCAUCGUCAUCUUCAUCAUCAUUAACUGUAAAAAAAAAUGAUAUUAAAAAUUCUAGUGAUAUUAAUAAUCAGAUAAAUGUAUUGAAUACAUCAUUAUAUCUUAACAAAAGAAUUGAUCCACUUUCUAAUUUAAGUAAAAAUAAUAUUGCAACUGAAUUAGAAAAUAUUGAGGCAUCAUCUAGUCCAGUGACAAACUCACAACGUCACACUGAAACAAAAAUUGUUAAUACUGGUGCAACAUCAAUUGACAAAGAUACAAAAACAUCAAAAUUAAAAAUAAAUAAUAAUUGGAUAACACCAAUAACAUAUGAAGGAAGUUCUGAAGAUAUAAUACUUGGUACUAGAGCUGAAUUAUUAAAUCCAAUACAAGAUAAUAAUAAUAAAAAUAAUAUAAUUGUAUCUGAUACAUCAUUACAACAACAUCACGACGAAAUGAAAACAUUUCCAGAAAUAAAAUUUGUUGAUAAUUGUGAUGGUAAUGAUGAUGAUGAUUAUUUACCACCAUUUUUACAUCGUAAUCGUUUAAAUAUUGAUGAAUUUAUUAUUGAUGAUAUAUGCCGUAAUGUUAUUAAAGACAUGGAUGAAUUUGGUGUUUGUGUUGUUGAUAAUUUUCUUGGUAUUGAUAGAGGUUGUACAGUGUUAAAUGAAGUACUUGAUAUGUAUAGUGCUGGUAUGUUUAAAGAUGGACAAUUGGUAUCAAAUAAAGCAAGUGUUAAUGAUUUAAAAACAAUUCGUGGUGAUCAAAUAACUUGGAUUGAUGGUAAAGAAAAACAAUGUAUUAAUAUUGGUAUGCUUAUAUCACAAGUUGAUGCUAUUAUUAUGAGAGCUAAUAAAAUGAAAAAUAAUGGAAAAAUGGGAAAUUAUACAAUCAAUGGAAGAACAAAGGCAAUGGUGGCGUGUUACCCUGGACAUGGAUCACACUACGUUAAACAUGUUGACAAUCCAAAUCGUGAUGGAAGAUGUAUAACAGCUAUUUAUUAUUUAAACAUUAAUUGGGAUAUCAAGAAAAAUGGUGGAUUAUUAAGGAUAUUUCCGGAAGGUUGGCGGGACCAAGUAGCGGAUAUUGAGCCUUUAUUUGAUAGAAUAUUAUUUUUCUGGUCAGACAGAAGAAAUCCUCACGAGGUACAGCCAGCAUUUGAAACAAGAUAUGCCAUAACACUAUGGUAUUUUGAUGCUGAAGAAAGAAGUCAAGCAUGUAAAAGAUAUCAAAAUGAGGCAAAAAAAAAAAUUGACAAUCACAUUAUUAAAACACCAUCAUCUCGGACAAAUAAAAUCAAAUAAUAAUUAUAAUAAUAAUAGUUAAAUUAAUUAAUAAUAAUAUUACAGUGGACAAUUGUGUCUGAUAAAUCCUCAUAUUUUU